AUGACAGGAAGAGAUGAUGGCUCGGAUGAAAAGCCCAAAGUCAAGAUGCUGGCUCCAUCAUUUGGGAUCGAUAAGUCACGACUUCAUGGAUCUGGGUUUAGGUCUAAAGGCUUUGCCAUCACGGACCUACUGGGUCUUGAAACGGAUCUCCAGCCUCGCCCAUCCGGACCUCAUGGAGUAGGAGGUAACGGGGAUAUUCAGAGCACUGGGAUGGGAUUCCCUUUCGCUGGAGGAUCCUUGCCGCUUGGUCUAGGGUUUCUGUGCAGUUUGGCGGCUCAGCAACCUGCGGGAGCCCCCUGCUUCCUACCGAGUCACAUACCCCUCCUUCAGUCCAGGACCGAGAGUCAUUUCAUGCAGAACUUGGAGCAACAAAGAGACCCCUACUCUGAUGAUGAAUGUCUCUCUGGUGAUCGAAACGAUUCGAAAAACUCAGGGAACUCACAGAAGAGAAAGAAAAGGAGGCACAGAACCGUGUUCACAUCGCAUCAACUGGAGGAGCUCGAAAAGGCAUUCCAUGAAGCACAUUACCCAGACGUAUAUGCCAGGGAAAUGUUAGCAAUGAAGACAGAGUUGCCUGAGGACAGAAUACAGGUAUGGUUCCAGAAUCGUCGGGCCAAGUGGAGAAAACGUGAGAAGUGCUGGGGACGCAGCAGUGUGAUGGCAGAGUAUGGGCUCUACGGUGCCAUGGUCCGCCACUCCAUCCCUCUGCCAGAAUCAAUCAUCAACUCCGCCAAGAGCGGGAUGAUGGGCUCCUGUGCUCCCUGGCUUCUAGGAAUGCACAAGAAGUCCAUGGAGAUAGUAAAGAAAUCCCCAGGUACGCCAGAGUCUUCCCACUCGGAAAUUUUCUCGGAGGAAACUAAAGGGAAAGACAGCGACAUGUCCUGGCCCAGCCGCGCUAGUGCUGUAGACGACAACGAGGACAUGGCAAUAGACCUAUCCAGCACCUCCAAGCAGGACAGCAACAAGAGCACUUUCAAAUCAUUGUCGCCGCAGAGGGAACUCGUUCCCAACAGUGAUUCAGACGAUGAGAGCUAAAUUGACGUCAAUCCCCGUU